AUUUUCAAAAUAUCACUUCCAUUCCCAUCCACAUCGAAAUCGAAAUAGAAAACGGAAUCGGUGUCCAAAUCGAAAGAGAAACACAGCGAAGAUGGGAAGUACAGCAACCUGCAUAGACAUAAUCCUCGCAAUCAUCCUUCCACCCCUCGGUGUGUUCUUCAAGUUCGGAUGCAAGGUUGAGUUUUGGAUAUGUGUGUUGUUGACUUUGUUUGGAUGGAUCCCUGGGAUUAUUUAUGCAAUUUAUGCCAUCACCAAGUGAUUCUUAUGGUGGGUGGGCUCGCAUAUCUUCUAUAUGGAUAGAACAUCGAUUUUCAUGUCACUUCUUGUUUUAUGUUUGGAUUGUUUUUGGCUUUGAAUUGAUGUAUUGUAAAUUCUUUUUUAAUGUUGUGCUGGUUUUAAGUA